AGACAGUUAUUGACAUGAAUUUUACCUCAGCCCUGCUUGCUUUUCUGCCUCCGACCUUGACUACCUAUGACCCUUCGUCUCUCCGGUAAGCUCAACCGUUUGCCGAUCUUCACCAAACCCUCUCCGUUCCUGUCGUUCAAGCUCGCUCGUUUCUCCCGCUUCUUCGAAACCCUCCUUUCUCGUUUCUCCUUCUUUAAAACCCUUCUCCCCCUGCGUCGUUCUUCUCCUGCUUCCUACUCCGGUGCAUCUAUGGGGGACGAUUACUUUUCCUCCAGCGGCAGUGACGACAACAACAACUUAUUCGAACUCGGUCUCAACAAUCUCCACAGCUCCGGCUCGUCUUCCUCGGCCAGUAACCAGUGUCACAAUGUGAUUUUUCUCAACGACGACGAGGAAGACGCCAAUGAGGUCGAAAAUCUCUACUUGGUCCUUCUCAGAUGGUGGAGGAAGGUGCAGCAUAUGUCAAAUCAUGUUGGAGUCUCGUAUAAUGUUGCUUCGAGCUAUGAUGAUGUGGAGAUUGAACUCUACUUAAAGAGAGGUGACAAAACCAUGGAGAAUGAUGAUGUGGAGGAAGGGUUUUCAGGCAGGGAGUAUGCGUUGUUAUCAGAAACAAUGUGGUUACGAGCACUUAAGUGGCAUAAUGAUUUGAAAAGUAUAUCGAAGGAUGUUGCUUACCCUUCUCUUGCGAAGGACAACGAUCAAGAUCUAUUUUCAUUACAGAUCAGGCUUUCUGUUUCUGGGGGAGCAAAUGCUUUAUUUGCAAGGAUCAAUUCAAAGGACAAUUUCUUCGUUUCAUACCGAAGAGCCUGUUCUCUUUUUGCUCCCAAGUCCGAGCCGUUGAGUAUUUGGGAUUUCUCUGGCCAGACAACUCAACUUCUUAUAAACAAUCAGAUUAAGAGGCCUAGUGCUUUACUCAGAAAAUCAUUAGAAAAGGAGAUCACACUUGAAUUACAAGUACAUGGAUUUUCAGAGUUUCUCGCCGAGCAAGAUGGUAAAGUAGACGAGAGGGUGGGAUAUAACAACUCAUCGUCUUUCAACUAUAGUGGCUCAAUUAAAACGAAUGGAAGCAGUGAUUGGACAGUGACUUACCCGACCUCUACAAACUCCCUAGCUUUCUUUAGUGGUCAUAGACAGGUUGUUUUCCUGGGUCUGAAAGGGAUGCAAAAUCUUGGGAAUACUUGUUUUAUGAAUAGCGCAAUUCAGUGUUUGGCACACACCUCAAAGCUGACUGAUUAUUUCCUUGAUGACUACAAGAAAGAGAUCAAUUGGGAAAAUCCACUCGGAAUGAAAGGUGGGCUUGCGGUGGCAUUUGGAGACUUGUUAAGGAAACUAUGGACUCCAGGAUCAAGCUCCAUUUCUCCAACAAUAUUCAAACAGAGGCUUGCUACUUUUGCUCCCCAGUUUAGUGGUUAUAAUCAACAUGAUUCUCAGGAGUUUCUUGCAUUUUUGUUGGAUGGAUUACAUGAGGAUUUGAAUCGUGUAAAAGACAAGCCAUAUAUAGAGGGUAAAGAUUCAGAAGGUCGUCCAGAUGUUGAGGUUGCAGAAGAAUGCUGGCAGAAUCAUAUGGCUAGAAAUGACUCAAUUAUAGUCGAUAUUUCCCAAGGACAAUAUCGCUCAACCUUGGUUUGCCCUAUUUGUAAAAAGUCAUCUAUCACAUUUGACCCGUUUAUGUACCUAUCUCUGCCCCUGCCUUCAACAACAAUGCGGAAAAUGACUCUAACAAUCUUGGGUGCUGAUGGAGUUUGUACACCAUCUCCAGUUGUAGUUACUGUCCCGAAGUGUGGAAGGUUAAAGGAUCUCAUUGACACCUUAAGCAGUGCAUGUUCCUUGAGAAAUGACGAGACUCUCAUAUUGGCAGAGAUAUAUAAUAAUACUAUUUUUAAAAUAUUUGAUGAUCCAACUCGCUCAUUAGACUCGAUCAGGGAUAAUGACACACUUGUUGCCUAUCGUUUGUCAAAAGAAAGUGAAUCAUCCAAGGCUCCCUUGGUUGAGUUUGAUCAUAGACGUGAGCCCGAAGGAUUUUCUUACUUUCAGAAACCAUCACCUUGGUCAUUAUUUGGGACUCCAUUGGUUGCGAGAUUAUCUGAUAUCUCUGAUGGAUUCAGCCUUCACAACCUGUUCAUGACACUUGUCAAUCCAUUUCUGAAGCAGGUUGAAGUUUUACUUGAUGAUUAUGAUGAGAGAGUUAUCUCUAACGAAGAUUCUGGGAUGGAAUAUGCAAUGAGCCCUACAAAAUGUACAGAAGACUCUGAUAAUGAAACUGAAGAUGAUGGUCAGCAUAUCAUUCCUGAUUUUAGAUUCUAUCUGGAUGAUAAAGAGAUAAGGAUGGACGAUACCUUUGCAGUUUCUGAUUUCAGCUAUAGUACUAUACCCGUGAAUGUGUGCUGGUCAGAGCAAAUGAUAGCAAAGUACGGUAGUUGGAUGCUCAAUCCAUUGCAAAAAGUCUUCAACCCCAUGGAGGGGUCUGAGGAAUCUGUUCCAUUAUACAAAUGCCUUGAAUCCUUCUUGAAAGAAGAGCCUUUAGGACCAGAUGAUAUGUGGUUAGUGGACUGUCCCGAUUGCAAGAUGCCUAGGCAAGCAACAAAAAAGCUGGAUCUUUGGAGAUUGCCUGAAAUUUUAAUUGUUCAUUUGAAGAGAUUCUCAUACGGUCGAUGGUUCAAGAACAAGCUUGAAACUUAUGUGGACUUCCCUAUUGACGAGCUCGAUCUUUCAUCUUACUUAUCCUACGAUGAUGGCAAACAUUCCAAACAUUAUGUCUUGUAUGCAAUAAGUAACCACUACGGAGGCAUGGGAGGCGGACAUUAUACUGCAUUUGUCGACCAUGGGCAUGGUAACUGGUACGAGUUUGAUGAUCAGCGAGUUCUGCCGAUUAGUAAGGAGAAAAUCAGGUCUGCUGCUGCUUAUGUUCUUUUCUACCGGAGAGUCACAUGAUUAGGUGCACAGGACUGAAGUUUCACGUUGUACAGCUAUAGUGACUGACUGCAAAGGGGAGUUGCGGUUUUUGUUUUGGGAUUCUGAGGGUUGGAAAGAAUCAAUUUUAUGCAGCUGGUGGUGGUUUAAUAGUUGUAUAUAAACUACAAAGCAUUAGAGAGACAGGAUAGGAGCAUUUUUACCUCCCAAUGGCUUUGCCCCUUGAAAUUGGAUGGGGUCUUUUAGAUAAGAAUGACUGCUAGUUCAUAUAUACAUGGCAGUGGAAAUUGGAAGAGAAUGAUUAGUUGUAUUCUUUUCUUAUUUCGAACUGUAACAGGGACUUGCUUAAAGAUCGGGGGUGGUAUAUGAGGAAUGUUUUUCAUUGAAAGAUCUGCAAUGUGAACUGUAAGCUCCUCUUUUUUCCCUAAGAGUAAGAAGUAAGGUGAAGGUUGUCAAA